ACAAAAGUAGUUGAAGAAGUUAGCUCUGAGAGAGAUAGAUAAAUUUACAUUAAUAGAAAGCUACACAAAAUAUAUAUAGAAAAGGAAGGUAAAUGGCUGGACCGGGACAAGCGGCGAAGCAGUCAAGUGAAGUGCUAGGCCAGCGGAAGUCGUUAGGGAUAUGUCCGUUGAGAGCGGCAGCGGUUGGAGCGGUGAUAAUCGGUGGACUUGGCUACAUGGUUUUGUACAGCAAGAAGAAGCCUGAAGCUUCAGCAGGUGAUGUCGCUAAAGUUAUGUCAGGCGUUGGUGGGACUCCAGAGAACACUCGUCCUCGUAACUGAGCUUCUUCUAUAUAAUUUUUUUUUUUACUUUCAAAUCAAGGGAUCGUUAUCUUUGUGAUUGAUAUAUAUAGUUGAAUUCUCUAUACAUUUGUUAUAUUUGAAUCUUUAGGUGACUUAAUCUUACUCUAAAUUUUGAUGUAAAACCUUUAAAUUCAGUGAUUUGAUGUUACAAAAUCUUCAAAUAGUACAACCGUCUGUACAACAAUGUAGCGAUGGAUUUCAUAAAUUUUUCGGUAUUCC